GGUGCAGAGCACCACGACGCUGGCGAGACCGGGGAGGUGGUCAAGCUCGUCUCCGAGGUCGGUGGGAUGAGCGCAGUCAUCAGGUGGCAGUCGGGCCGCGAGGGCCGCACCCCCGUGGACUCGAUGAAAGAGACUCUCCGGCUCUUCUCCCCGAAGUCGACCGUGGAGCGUUCGUCCUCCAUACUGGUCGGGAGCACGACCUCGGGCUACGUGUUCGCGAUCGACAUAGCUACGGGCAACGAGGUGUGGACGACAGUGGCGUCCAGCCAGAUCGCGGGAGUGAAAGGGACCGUCUCCGGCUCUGGCGGGAAGGUGUUUGUGGCAACCAAUCGGUGUGUCGACAGGUAUUGCUACCGCUACCGCAGCACAACGAACCCUCUAACCCCGGGCAACACCUAUGUCCGAGCCCUGAACGCCGUUGACGGCUCUCAGAUUUGGGCCUUCAAGCCUAAAUCACCGCUGUGGAAUUUCGUGCCGCAGUUUGGCGGAGAUGGCGGCACCGUGAUGUUCAACGACUAUGAGGGCGCUGUCUAUUCCUUGAACAUCGAAACAGGCGCCCUCAUCUGGAGGGCCGAAGGAGCCAUGGGGACGCACACCCAGUCGAGUUGCGUGUACAGCAGCGAGCUCAACCAGGUGUUUGCGAUGGGCGUGAACAACUACGAGGGUGAGUUCUGCAAUCCGUACGUCCCCAAAGGGAUUCAGCCAGCGUGCGGCACGCAGGUCGAUGCGCCGGGCUGGGUAAGGGCCCUCAACGCUUCCUCUGGCAAAGUGCAGUGGGAGACGGGUCUCCCGCAGCCGCCAGCGAGUGCGGCCGUUGGCUUCCUGAACACGCCGAGGCCGAACGGCACAAGCAUAAACCUGGGAGUUUUGCGAGGGUUUCUUAGCUCUGCGCAGGACCCCCUGGCGGUGCCUCCGGCGCCGCCUCCGGCGCGCACAGGCGCGCGCCAGGAAGGGCGGCGCGGCACCGAUCCACGAAGUCCGCGCAGACCUGCCAGAGUCUCUGUCCCUGCCGAUGAUGUUUUUCUUCUGCGCCACCCAAAAAGUACUGAAGGUCGAAUCCGUGCAACCAUCCGCGGGGACCCUGAGCUUCAGGUCUUGCUGCGAUAGUGCCGUCUUGUUGCUGACGAAAGAGGCUCGCCGACGGGUGGGGUUCUUCUGCACCACCCAAGCCUCCGCUGGCUCAGUUGGGGCCCAGAGCUUGACAGUCGUCGGCUUCUGGCCAGUCCACAAGGUCAUGUCACCCAAGGCCUAGCUGUCCGUGGCCACGUGGGCUCAACCAGUUGCAGGUCCAGCUCAGACGACGUUCGCUUAUACUGUAUACGCGAACGUCGUCUGAGCUGAGGUAGGUAGCAGGGGGGGCGGCAAAAUUGUGCGAGUGGUGGUAGAGAUGUUGUCAUAGAUAUACCACGCUGCUCGUCAUGUACAUGUCCUUCCUCAGCAGUUCCCGCGCGCGGAGCUUUGACGAGGAAGAUACCCUUGCGAGCCUAGCGAACGCGUGGGAUCUGGAGCUUCGGCGUUUCCUGGACGCUGUAAGUAGCUAGGGCGAACUCAAGGACUCCUGCGCAACCGUGAAUCGAUUUGCAGACCAUUGGGAUGAAUAUUGCAAAAUUACACUCGAAGUGAUGCAGGGGCUUAGCGAAUCCUAUCUCAUCUGCCUAAGACAGCUGAGUGCCGCAUCGACGAACCCUCCUUUGAUCCCAUCCAUGGGGAUUGCUUAGCCUUGCAAGAAUCUUGAGAAUGUCGUUGAAAACAAUCUUGUCAGCGCUGCAGAGUUCAAUGAGCCGCUGUUGAAGAAGGCUGGCGUAACGCACGACAAGGCUUGUGGUGACUCCACGAUUUGGACGGGGUUACGAUGUAGAGCAUCUGGGAGGCCUUCGACACAUUCACGAGCAUCAUGUGCAUCAGAUGGGUCUUAAGUUCGUUCAUCACGCAGAUGGGCAUGUGGGACCGAACCUCCCGUAAUACAAUUGCACUCGUGGGCAGCGCGAGCGUGCAUGGCCCCUACUUGUUCUCGAUGAGUACGAUAUUGAUAAUGAUGUUACCGAAGAUGAUUGGGGCCAUGGGUGGUGAGAGCAGCGGUUGUUUUACCACUGCCACUCACGUUAACGCUAUUGCCUGCGCCAGACUUACGGGAAGAAUGUCUGCCGAUCUCAUUAUAUGCGUUUGGCUUGUUUUGUUAAAUUCGUCCGUUUGGACACUCUUAGGGCACACGCAUGCGGUCAUCCUGUGUAUGCUUCAUCUGGCCGUAGCUGUCUAGAUCUAGUUAGUCGCCUUCGGCCGAUCCCGGCGCCGUGCCUCGGUUGUGGGUUUGCGGCCCUUGUGGAUGUUCGCUUGGAUAUCGUGGGAGGCCUUC